AUGUUAAGGAAGAUAAUUCUGCGGGUGUUCUCGGCUAACUCCAUCUCUGUGAAGUGCGAGGAGCCACCAACGCUCUUAGAUGCUCGCCGGUUUGGAUGCCGGGAAAAAGCCUCAGUAAGUGUUGUGUUGUUGCCUGCUGCUGGAUGGUUUCUCACUCCGUUAUUCUUCCUCUCAGCUGUGAGCAUCGCGGUGGAUGCUUGGAAGCUGGCCUUAACCGGGCGUUUCAGGCUGAUCGGCCAGUGGUGUGAGUUUGUGCGAAUGCACCAUCGCCAUGCUAUUACCGAAGAUACCUGGCGACAAGUCCUGGAGUUUAGUAGGGUGGUGCACGAGGAUUUGAGCAAUUACGAUCCAGAAGGUGCUUGGCCUGUUCUUGUCGACGAGUUUGUGGAUCACAUGUACAGAAGCUCGUCAUGCUCUUGCAUUGCGGAAGCCUGCGCUUGCGAUACGAGUGCAGUGCUGAGCUCUUCGGAAGUUUUGGAUGCUACCUCUCAAUUGAACCGAGCGAAUACACUACCAGGUAUGGCUGCUACCGCCGGUAGUAAGAGGCGAAGGAAAGACACGAACGACGAGGUGUCUUUGUCGCGGCAUUUGAAGCGUCUACUGCUGGAGAAACCUCUGCUCAUGUCCUCCGGUGGGUUUUGACAGAUGAAAGCUGUG